AUGCCUGCGCUCAGGUCUGCCUUGCUGCCAAAUGCCCUCCACGCUGAAGCCGCAGUCCACAAUGCAACUGUAAACGGGACGACGAAAAACGCUUUACAGGUGAUAUGCGCAUGGCCGGUUUCUGGCCAGUAUGGGCCCGGCACAAGGGUUCUAUACUAUGUUCUAAUAGCCGCUUGUGUCUUUGCGCGAAAGACUGAGUGGCUCAGAAAUGCCUGCCUGGCGGCAGUGCUACUUUUUCCGGCCGUUGCUGCUUUGCACGGCGUCGUUCUUGCGGCACUCAAUCUGCAUGGUGCUGUUGAUAUGGAUAUCUAUGGUGCCUUCCAGCUAUGCUCCAUUGGCAUUUUGACCGGGCCCGUAGCGGUUAGGGUAUCCAGAACAUACUUCUAUGACCCCGGCCGGAAUAUCAUUUUCUUAUGGACCACCCUCAUUCUUGCCGGGCUGUUGAGCUUGACUGUCGAGUUUUUCCGAAUCCAACCAACGGCUUGCCCGUUCGACGACGCUGGCAACCCUAUCUCGUCUGAUGCUCGCAAAUUCAAGUACAACACAAGUUGCGGCAUGACUUGCUCUGAAGACAAAGGCCCGUUCUCCCCUAUGCGAAACGGUGCAGCCAGCAACAUCUACGUCAUCCCCGCCCCAGAUAAGAUCACAUUUGGCACCGCAACGCUCAUGGCUGCCGCGUGCUGCGUGCCGGCCAUUCUUUCGUUAAUAUCUAUGUGGAACAAGAUCCUCGAAAUCAACCGGAUGAACCGUUUUGGUAUUGGAAAACAGGAGGAAAAAGUUGACGAGCCAAUUGAAGGCACAAAUGGCGCCACCAUUAAGAAAAUGAAUAAGGUAAAUUCUCUAGUCAGGAUGUUUCUGAGCGCUGUAGAAAUCCCUGUGUUUGCUGCAGCAGUGAUGGGGAUCCUCAUUUUAGGCGAGAUGAAUUUUUUCAGCUCCCAAGUCCUUUAUCAAACCGAGCCUGUAGCCAGUAUUGGCCAAUGGGGCCCUAUCGUUGGUGCUGGGCUGGCCGUGCUAGGAUCGUUGUAUCUUGUUCUUGCUGCUGACCUCCAUGCCGCUGAAGAGGAGGAGCAACCCAAAGCCUCUUCAAAUCAAGACAACUGCUCAAUGCGCAAAAUCAAUACGAUCGCAUCUGUAGAGUCUUUGCGCUCUCCAGCACGCGGCGUCGAGAUGCAGCGAAGCGCUUCCAACACUCGCUCUAUCGUUGAACACGAUGGCCAACCGAGACAAUCGUCGGCAAGGGAUUCUGGCAACAGACGUAAAGUAGCGACUGCGUUAACUAAGUUUGUCAUCUAUCUCAGUGACGCGGCCCACGAGAGGCUUAACGACUCCGAAUUUAAGAGCGGGAAGGCUCUGGACUUCCCUGAGAUUCCUGGAGAAUUACGCCGGAACCGCGCCCUGCCUAACAUCAGAAAUCAAUACAACACAUAUCGAGACACAUAUGGGAAUGUCUCUCCCUCUCUUCGAGGGCGGGCCUCAAGAGCAGGUAGCUUCACGAGUAGCAUCUAUGGGCUCGAUUUGGAGGCUUCGUCUAGGUUUUCGAGACCAGGAUCGCGUUCGCCUUCACCAACCAUCAUUUCGCGAACAUCGCACGCUAAUACGAUACCGGGUGACCGUGCUCCGCCCGAGAUUCACAAUCGCCCUCGAGCAUCCAGCGGCGGCGUUAAUGGAAACCACCGGCGGGCGACUCUGGAAGUACCAAUACAGACUCAUCACGGCUCUCCACGAAUCGCCCUCUUCCCCUUCGUCCUCGAGCCCAAUAUCGACGCCAUCAGCAGUAGCAUCAUCACCCUCAAGUCCGCUACACAUGCCGGCGACUGGAUAUUCAAUAUCUAUCGGAACUCGCUUUACUUGCGGUGCAGGAACUCUACUACGGCCUCUCCGCCGUUGGCUAGCAUCACCUUUGACCAGCAUAACGACAUCAUGAACUACGACAAACCACCAGGAUUUAUUUAUCCGCCUUCUACCCCAGGCACGUGUUUCGGAAACGCUGUAGAAGCGUACUCUACCCCUGGGGGAAUAUUAGCGAAGGAUCUCAUUGCGGCGAGAAUGUUGUUCAGGAACCACAUGUACUCUGCCACUUUUAAAAUCAAGAAGCGAGGUGCUUCCCUUGUCAAAGGCCUAUUCGUCAUGCCACCUUCAGUUCUCCAAAAACUCUGCUGUGCACAUGGCAAACUCUCCAUCCCACUCUCCAAGCCGCUCAUAACCGAGCAUAAAAAUCCUGCCGUUGCAGGAGAACGUUCAACAAGGAGACAAGCGAGAGCAGACAGAUUACCUGUACUUGGAGCGGUAUGA